GCCCCGCGGCGAGCGCCUGCGCAAGGCCUCCUGGGAUCUGUAGUUUUCGCUCGCUCUUUCCCGGCGCGCCCCGCUCUUCCUGGAUACCGAGGCGCGCGGAGCGCGGCGGCGGCGACGGCGAGCGGCGAUCCCCGGCGCGAGGGCGGGGGCCUGGGUGCUGCGGAGCGCGGGAGUGGCCGGGCCGGUCGGGGCGGGGUUGCGGGCCACGUGCCCGCCCGCUUCUCCGGCCAGCGGUCCCCACGCCCCCGCGCGCGGCCCGGUCCUGCCGUCCUGCCCCCUGGACCGCCGCCCAUGGGACCGGCCCGGCUUGCGCCCCACUCCGCCUGCCGAGACCGCGUCCCGCACACCGACGCCUGCCGUUGGGCCGCCGCCCGCGGGGGCCCCGGGGACAGCGGCGCGUCCCUCGGCCUGGGCGCGGCGCGCGGAGGGGCCCCGCGAGCCCGGCGCGCAUGGAGGAGUUGCGGCGCGCCUACAGCCGCCUGUGCCAGCAGAGCGGGGCCGAGCCCCAGGAGGCCGUCCUGCAGCGGCUGCUGCAGCCCCCGCGGGGCCGGCUGGACCUGGCCACGCAGAGCCUGACGGUGGACAGCUGCAGGGCGCUGGGCAAGCUGCUGCGCGCCGAGGCGCUGCUGACGGAGCUGGUGCUGAGCGACUGCAUGCUGAGCGAGGAGGGGGCCGCGCUGCUGCUGCGAGGGCUGUGCACCAACACCGCGGUCCGGCUGCUGGACUUGAAGGGCAAUAACCUGCAGGCCCGCGGGGCCGAGGCUCUGGGACGGCUCCUGCGGCAGAACAAGUCCAUUCAGAGCCUCACCCUGGAGUGGAACAGCCUGGGCGCCUGGGAGGACGCCUUCGCUGCCUUCUGCGGGGGCCUGGCCGCCAACGAGGCCCUCCGGCAGCUGGACCUCCGCAACAACCAGAUCAGCCACCAGGGGGCAGAGCAGCUCGCCCUGGCCCUGAAGGGCAACACCACCCUCCAGCAGCUGGACCUGCGCUGGAACAACAUCGGCCUCCUGGGUGGCCGGGCCCUGGUCAGCUGCUUCCCCAGCAACCGAAGCCUGCGGAGGCUGGACCUGGCUGGGAACAACGUCCCUGGUGACAUCCUCAGAGCCGUGGAACAAGGCGCGGGCCACAACCAGGACAGGCAGGCGACCCUGCAGGAGAACCAGGCCCGCACCCAGGUGCUCAGCCAGGAGGUCCGGCACCUGCGGGAGGAGAAGUCCAGGCAGUUUCUGGACCUGAUGGAGACGAUUGACAAGCAGCGUGACGAGAUGGCCCAGAGCAGCCGGGUGUCGGCGGUGCGUGUGGGGCAGCUCCAGGAAGCCCUGAGCGAGAGGCACUCGAUCAUCAAUGCCCUCAAGGCCAAGCUCCAGAUGACCGAGGCCGCCCUGGCUCUGUCGGAGCACAAGGCCCAGGAGCUGGGGGAGCGCCUGGCCGCCUCGGAGCAGGGGCAGCUGAGCCAGGCGCAGAGGCUGGAGAAGGAGCGCAGGCUGGAGCGGCAGGAAGCCGCAGAGCGGGAGUCCAGGCUCCUCAGAGACCUGUCGGCCGCCAACGAGAAGAACCUGCUUCUGCGAGACCAGGUGGACGAGGCGGAGCGCAAGGUGGGCUCCCUGCAGGAGCAGCUGUUCCAGGCCAGGCAGCAGCUGACCACCACGGCGGCCGAGCUGAAGCUGCGGGCCAUCCAGGCUGAGGAGCGCCUGGACGCGGAGAGGAAGAGAUCCAAGCAGAACCUGCAGGAUGCAGAAAGCCUGCGUCUCAAGGAGGUGGAGCACAUGACCCGCCACCUGGAAGAGAGCGAGAGGGCCAUGCAGGAGAGGGUGCAGAGGCUGGAGGCCACACGGCUGGCGCUGGAGGAGGAGCUGAGCCGCGUGAAGGCUGCGGCGCUCGCCGAGCGAGGCCAGGCGGAGGAGGAGCUCAUCAAGGCCAGGCAGCAGGCCCGCCUGGACGAGGGGUCGCGAGCGACCACCGGGAGGCGCUGCUGGACCGGGAGAGCGAGAACGCGUCGCUGCGGGAGAAGCUGCGGCUGCGGGAGGCGGAGAUCGCGCGCAUCCGGGACGAGGAGGCCCAGCGGGCCAGCUUCCUGCAGAACGCCGUGCUGGCCUACGUGCAGGGCGCCCCGAGCCCCCCGAAAUGAGCGCGCGCUGCCCCCCGCAAUGCAAACAACUUCCGCACUUUGUCCUACACCUUGGCCCCGCGUCUUCUUCGCCGCCCCGCGCGCGGGCCCCGGGGGGCGUGGCCGGGGCCCCGGGAGGGCCGGAGGGGCUCGCGCCCGCGGGGCGCUGGGGUCGGCCCGGCCGCGCCGCGCGGAUCCGGGCCCCGCACGCUCCGCCCCGCCGCCCCCCGCCCGCCCGCCGGCCGCGCUCGGCUGUCUCCGCGCCCGCGCUCGGCGGCGCUCGGCUGUCUCCGGCGCUGCUCGGCGCUCGGGUCCGCGGCCGCUGCGGCGCCGGCAUUUCUCCGCAGCUCGGCUCGCGGCCGCGCCCGCCGCCGCCCGGCCCGCGCCCAUGCAGGCCAUCAAGUGCGUGGUGGUCGGCGACGGCGCCGUCGGAAAGACGUGCCUGCUGAUCAGCUACACGACCAACGCGUUCCCGGGGGAAUACAUCCCCACCGUCUUCGACAACUACUCUGCCAACGUGAUGGUGGACGGGAAGCCGGUGAACCUGGGGCUGUGGGACACGGCCGGGCAGGAGGACUACGACCGGCUGCGGCCGCUCUCCUACCCCCAGACCGACGUGUUUCUGAUCUGCUUCUCGCUGGUGAGCCCGGCCUCCUUCGAGAACGUUCGUGCCAAGUGGUACCCGGAGGUGCGGCACCACUGCCCCCACACGCCCAUCCUCCUGGUGGGCACCAAGCUGGACCUCCGUGACGACAAGGACACCAUCGAGCGGCUGCGGGACAAGAAGCUGGCGCCCAUCACCUACCCCCAGGGCCUGGCCAUGGCCAGGGAGAUCGGCUCCGUCAAGUACCUGGAGUGCUCGGCCCUGACCCAGAGGGGCCUGAAGACGGUGUUUGACGAGGCCAUCCGCGCCGUGCUCUGCCCGCCCCCCGUGAAGAAGCCGGGGAAGAAGUGCACCGUGUUCUAGAGUGGCGGAAGAGACGCGUGGGGGGGCGGGGGGGCGGGGAAGCAUGGGGACAAGGCUGGGGCCUCGGGGUCCUGUCCUCUCCGCCUCCUCUGGCCCCCGCGGGAGGCCGGGAGGGAGCAGGGUCUCCCUCAGGGCGGGCAGCCCCAGGCUGGGCUUCCCUGAUGGGGGAGGGGGGUGGGUUCUGUCCAUGGCGCCCGGGACGGGCGGCCCCUUGUUAUUUUAUACAAUAAACAUCCUCCACCGUC